UUCCCCUCUUUUCAGAGCAACACCAGUACUCGUUUUUCAGUCCUGUUGUCUAGAUGUAGAACACAAUUUUAUUUGAUUUAACUAUUUUUGUCUUUUAAUUCAGUGAACGGAGAAUUUUAGUACUCGUGUUUCUUGUCUUUUUAUAUUUUAUACCUUGAUUUGCUCUUUUAUGAGAAGAACAUCACAGAACAAACAAAAUGAGUAAUGUACCAGUUGCUGUUUCGAUUAUUUUUUCAACACUCAUCCUUUAUUAUUAUAACUACACAUAUUGGAGAAGAAAUCGUGUAAAACAGAGAUUUCCUCAGGUUCCUAUUUUUGGUGACAAUUAUCGACAUUUUUUCGGAAAAAGCCCUUAUCAUAAAGUUUUGGAGGCGCUUUAUUGGAAAUUUCCAACAGCAAGAUAUACAGGGUUCUACCAGUAUAUGCAACCUGGUCUGAUGAUCAGAGAUAUGAAACUGGUAAGAAAAGUUUGUGUGGAGGAUUUUGACACAUUCAAGGAUCGCAAAUCUUUUCUACCUAGAUCAGCUGAUCCGUUAUGGAACAAAAACUUAUUUGCUCUCCAAGGUGACAAAUGGAGACAAAUGCGCAACACACUGUCAUAUUCAUUCACUGCUAACAAUAUGGAAGUAAUAUGGGAUCUAGUCAACAAUACCGCUGACCGAUUCUGCAACCAUCUGUUGAGGAAUACAGUGAAUGACGAAAUAGAAGUUAAGUUCAAAGAUAUCUUCACCAGAUUCGCUACUGAUGUUAUAGGAACCACCGCAUUUGGUUAUGAAGUGGAUUCUAUGGGCCAUCCCAAUAAUGAAUUUUACAAAAACGGAUGCCAGGCAAUGUUAUCAAACAAUUUCUGGAGAAACUUCAAAUUGCAACUGUGCUUAAUUUUGCCGAUUUUAGGAAAAAUCUUCAAAGCGCACAUUUUCGAUAAAGAAGUUAGCCGAUACUUCAGAAGUCUCAUCUGGGGAAUAAUAGAUCGUCGUGAAGAAAAUGAUAUUGAACGAGCGGAUAUGCUGCAGCUUCUUGUGCGGCGAAUACCGGAAACACACUUCGAUAAUGAUGAUAUAACGUCUCAGGCUCUAGUUUUCUUCUUGGGAGGCUUUGAAACGGUCUCCAGCGCUCUCUGCUUCAUGGCAUAUGAGUUGGCACUCAAUCCAGAUAUACAAGAAAGGCUGUACAAAGAAAUAAAUGACUUUAGGGAGACCCAUAAACGUGAGAUAACAUAUGAAGAUACAAAAGGAAUGAGGUAUCUUGAAAUGGUAUUCAAUGAAACCCUAAGAAAAUGGCCACCACUGUUGAAUAUGGAUAGAAUGUGCGUCGAGCCAUACACCAUCAAACCCGAAAAACCAGGAGAAGAAACAGUUCACCUAGAAGAGUCUACCCUAAUUUGGAUCCCGAUAUGGGCUAUACAUCAUGAUCCCGAACACUGGCCUAACCCUGAAGUCUUUGACCCGGAAAGAUUCAGAGAUAAUACUAGAACACCAAACGGUUUCAUUCCAUUCGGGCUAGGCAAUAGGGGAUGUCUUGGCUUCAGAUUUGCAACUAUGGAGAUCAAACUCCUCUUCAUCCACCUCCUCACAUCGUUUAAAAUCGAGCGUUCAUCCAAAAGCCAAGUCCCUUUUGUACCAGUGGUUCACAGUUUCAGCUUGACCAGCGAAGAUGGCUUCUGCUUCAAGCUGGUAAAAAGACAAAAACCGAAUGCAUCAACUACUUGCCAUACCAUGGCAAAAAACUAUGUACGUAACCGUAACCAAAUGUCUUUUGAAACAGGACCUAUCUCAGGGAAGUGUUCAUUCAAGCUUCCAUUUAUGAAAUUCGACCCCCCAAGGAAUUUAAGAUUUUUAAUGCAUAUGGCUCCAAAUCCAAGUACGAUUAUUCCUACCCAAAGAGCAGAGACUCAAAAGCCAGCAAAGUCCGAAAACCAAUUGCCAAGGCAGGGAGCACUUGACUCGAAGAAAAAGACCGAAACGUUUGAGGAUUCUAAGUGCCCAAAGUCAAGUGGGGAGACACAAAGCACUACGAAAAAGACUCAAACGUCGAAGGAUUCUGAGUGUCCUAAGUCAAAUGGGGAGACACAAAGCAUUAGGAAAAAGACUCAAACGUCUGAACGUUCUGAGUGCGCAAAGUCAAGUUGGGAUACACAAAGAACUACAAGAGAGACUCAAACGUCGGAGGAUUCUGAGUACGCAAUGCCAAGAAGGGCGACACUUGACAUGGAUAAGAUUCCAAUGCCAGAGAUGUCCCAGAACCUAAAAAAGGAGACUGAUAAAUCAAGCAGCGGGCCCCCAGUGUUAGAAGAAAUCGAUGAUUCCGACGAUUGGUCAGAAGAGACCGAUUAAUAUUUGCCUAUUUGAUGUUUAAAGUUUAUAUUAUUUAGUUUUCAUGACUUUUGUGACUGUAUUUUUUAUAGAAAGGUAUUAUCUUAUCAUGUAAUAUCAAACUGGAUUUUGGUAUUAUGGAUAGAUAUCAUUAAUAAAUAAUACUUUCAUUGGA